CAAAGUUUUGUUCUGUAAAACCAUGGAAAAGUGUGUGUGUGUGGUAUUAGUUUUGUCUACAAAUCUACGUCAUCGUUUCCUACUCAAAGCGGUCACAAUUCUUGAAUGUUUAAUCCAAUCACGGCGGAUUGGCGACAUCAGGUGAUCAGAUGAGCCGGGCUGAAGAGCAGUGGGACAGGAUGAGUCGGUCAGUCGGUGCGAAGACCGUACAUAAGAUUUUACUCGGAGACUUUUUUCCACUUUGCUUGUCGGCGAUCCCCGCCAUUCCACAGUCAGGAUGGCUCGGGAUAUGUCUGAUAAAGAGAUCUUGAAAAUGGAGUUGGAGCAGCUGAAGAAAGAAGUGAACACACCAAGGACAGCAGUGAGUGCAAAUUGCACAGACACAAUCUCCUUUGUGGAGGCGCUGCUUCCCAACGACCCACUCAUCAAGGGAGUCCCCGAUGACAAAAACCCCUACAAAGGGGACAAGGGCGGUUGUCUAAUCACAUAGCACACAGCUGGAAUUUUCUACGACCACCGACCGAAUUCCCGCAGAUGGAAUGUACAGCACGCUAGCAAGAUCAGAUAUGUAAAGUAUGGCUCUUUGUAAUUAAAUGCAACUGGCUUCAAGAAA